GCGGCGGCGGCGGCGGCGGCGGUGGUGGCGGCGAUGGGACCCCAGCGAGAGAUCUGCGGCUAGCAGGCUGCAUUUGCUCCACGGGUCAGGGGAUCGCAGGGGGCAGGUUUGAAGAAUGAGCCAUUAAAAGGAGAGGUCAAAGAGCAAACAACAAGAAGAGGAAGAGGAGAAUUUCAAAGCUGGGAAGGAUGAGUUCUUGCAGCAACGUUUGUGGGUCCAAGCAGGCACAGGCUGCUACCGAGGGCGGGUACCAGCGCUAUGGAGUCCGGUCCUACCUGCACCAGUUUUAUGAGGACUGUACCACCUCGAUCUGGGAGUAUGAGGAUGAUUUCCAGAUCCAGAGAUCACCUAACAGGUGGAGCUCAGUAUUCUGGAAGGUUGGACUCAUCUCGGGCACAGUCUUCGUGAUUCUCGGAUUGACUGUCCUGGCAGUGGGCUUUCUUGUGCCCCCCAAAAUCGAAGCCUUUGGUGAGGCCAAUUUCGUGAUGGUGGACACACACGCUGUCCAGUUUAACGGAGCCCUUGACAUGUGCAAGCUGGCGGGCGCCGUGCUCUUCUGCAUCGGGGGCACAUCCAUGGCAGGGUGCCUGCUGAUGUCGGUGUUCGCAAAAAGCUACUCCAAAGAAGAGAAAUUCCUUCAGCAAAAGUUUAAAGAGCGAAUCGCAGACAUCAAGGCCCACACCCAGCCCAUUACAAGAGCUCCAGGCCCGGGAGAAACAAAGAUACCAGUCACUUUGUCCAGGGUUCAAAAUGUCCAGCCCAUAGCAGCAACCUGAAACGUUUUCCAGCCCGGUCCUCCCCUCUGUAAUUUACUCCCAGUGUUACAAGGGAGGAGGCCAGUUUGGGAAAUAAGGAUUUGGCAUUGACCUGCCCCAGGGCUGUGCUGGGCUGUGCGCAGUGUGGUGUGUGAGCUCACACUCAUUCCGUUCAGUGGCCCUGGGGACCGUUGAUGCCAUGGGUCAGCCUAGGCACAUGCACCCGGCUGCUUAAAGAGGUGCUGCUGGGUGCCCACCAGGAGCUCUCUGGAACUCCCCUCUCAUAUAGUGUGACUUUGUGUCAUUUUCUGUGUUCUUGGAAAGCGCUGAACAGUUUAGACCAGCCUACCAAUGGCUGACGUGGUCCGUUUUACUUUCUAGUAUUGGUUUUUCUAAUCUUUCCUGUGUGGUGCUGCCUUCCAUUCCUGUCUCACUACAUGUAAGAUAUUGUCAUGUGUUCACAGAAAAAUCAAGUUCCCUGAUUUUGACCCAAACUUUGGUCUUUUAACUCUAACUUAACAUGAGGUUCUUGAAAUCAGACACAAACGUAUCAGAAUUCUCCAUAAGUCUUUUUUUGUUUUCUCUAUUUUUUUCCCACUUAAAGAGCUCAAAUUGCCAACUUUAGAAUCUUGGGAAAGAAAUUAAUAUUAGGAGAAUCUAUUUAUGCAGUGUACAAAGGCACUGAAUUAGAAGCCAAGAAAUUUGAGUUCCUAUUACUAACUUAGCUGUGUGAUCUUGGGGAAAGCACUUAACCUCCCAGGCCUCAGUUUCCCCACCUGUAGAACGGGCAUCCUGGUCUGUGAUGUCUGAGAUUCCGUUUUUGCCGUGCGUCAUUAUGUGUCCACGACCAAGGAUGUUUACAGUGUUCUUGUGGCUCUCACCACAGUGGGAUUCUUCCAGACCUGGACUCCCAGAAAGUCACCAAAUCAGCAGCCUCCAUGCCACCUACUUCUAAAUAUUCAACUCCAGCAGUUUAUACAAUGCAGUCAUAUUUUUAUAGAAACAAAAGUAAGCCAUCCUCCAAUAAGAAACCCCUGAGUAGAUAUUAACCUUAAAGAGGGUUUUCUUUCUCAAAGAAGACAUUUUCCUCUCCAGUAAAAUGUUCAUCUCAUCCCUUUACACUUUUAUUUAAUCUGUGGAUUUAAACUAGCCUGAGGGAAAUGGAACACAUGACCUUGGUAUCCUCUCAGAAUCUGUGCCACCUUCAAAGUCUGUCUUUUUUUUUUUCCCCCCCUUUCCUUCACUGGAUAAAUAAAAUAUGUGAACA